AGAAGCAAGACGGAUGCCGCCCCGCCCAUAUUUAGCAUCGACACCUGUCCUCUUUCCAGUCGACACCGAUUUGCACAUUUCACCACCUUUGUUUGCGAACCGAGCAGGAACAAAAACACGACUGUUGAUUUGGACAUCGAUAUCACAUGAGAUACUAGAUGUAAAAGUGUCGGACUCGGCCGCGUCCGUCAGCGGCGGCCAUCUUAAAGCAGUGGACUCCGUCGCAGCCAACCUGAGGGAGCGUUUGGCGGACGUGUGAGAAAAAGCAUGGAGGACAUCCUGCGGACAAUCCAGCAAGAUGCAGCCGGACACAAGCGCAAAAGCCUCCGCGACGCCUGCGCGCUCGCCUGCGAAAGUCUGGAGUCCUGGAACGCGUCGGGACGACUGUCCCCAGCGGACUUGCGGGCGCGCUGUUUACUCCCCCUUCAGAUGGCGCUGGAAUCCAAAAACCUCAAGCUGGGUCAGACGGCGCUGAUAGGCAUGCAGAAACUGCUGUGCGAGGACCGCUUGUUGGGCGGGGCCGGCGAGGAGGCGGAGCCUACAGAGAGGCGGCUCCUGAGUCAGAUCUUGGCGGCCCUGCGCACUACGCCGGAGCUGCAUGAGGACCUGCAAGUGGAGGUCAUGAAAGUACUCCUGUGCGUAACGUACUCGCCCAACUUUGACGUCAACGCCGACUCUGUCCUACGCAUCGCCCAGGUAUGCACGGAGACGUACGCGCGCGGCGGUCAUCGACGGAGCGUGGACACGGCGGUCCGAGCCACCCUCAGCCAGAUUUUGGGAGAUCUCACGCUGCAGCUGCGACACAGACAGGAGGCGGCGGACGGAGAGGAGAUGACUGCGCCCCCUCUGGAGAGAAGAGGUACAGUCUGUCCCCUUACAUUGAAAUGUGUCGCCCGUCAGCCAGGCGCUGUGCGACGACGUCGUGACGGUCCUGACGCUCUUCUGCGACAAGCUGGAGUCGCCGGAUCGCGACGAUCAGAUGCUGCGACUUCUUUACCUGGAGAGCAUCUUGGCCAUGCUGAGCUCCUGCCCUCCCACAAUGCACCUGUCCGGAUGCUUCAUCGACCUGGUCUGGAGCAUGUUUUAACUCCGGACAGGAAGCGGCUGUGUCCGGCGCUGGUGGCCGUCACGGGAGAUCCGCUCAAGGACAAAUGCGCGGCGGAGUGGGAGCGACUCCAUCAAGGCGCCACAGAGACUGGGGCGCCGGCAGCUUUGGACAGGGGCCGCGGCUCGGGCCGCUCGUCCGGCGCCCCCUCUGGGACGACGGCGCGCGCGGUGUGCUACGCGGCCGCCGAGUUAGUCCGGCUGGUCGGCCGCGUGGAGUCCAUGAAGCCCGUCCUGCAGUCGCUCUACCACAGGAUCCUCCUCUACCCCCCGCCGCGCCACCGCGCCGAAGCCAUACGCGUCAUGAAGGAGAUUGUGGGUUGUCCGCAGAGGCUGUUGGACCUAGCCGGUCCUGGCCUGGCCGAGCCCGAAGGCGGGAGGCGCGCCUUCUCUAAAAGGAAGUCGCACUUGGAUCUUCUCAGACUCGUGAUGGACGGCAUGACGGAGGCGUGCGCCAAAGGCGGGGCGGAGGCGUGCUACUGGAGCGUGUCGUGCGUGUGCGCUCUCCUUACAGCGCUGGAGGAGCUGUCGCAGGGGCGGGGCCUCAUGCCGGACCAGGUGGCUCUGCUUGAGGCUCGCGCCCACGAACUGAAGGAGUCUUCCGAUAUCGACGAAGCGGACAUCCCGCGGCGGAGACGCUUCCCGUCCUCGGCAGAGGUGCCGCCCCGGGACCCCGACGUCAGCGUUAGCAUUAGCGUCAGCGCCGACGGAGGUGACGCCGAUUCGGAUUCCGAGUCGGCAAGCGCCGAAGGGGAGGAGGAAUGGAUGCGGCGGGAGACGCGUCCGGCUCCGCCCGAUGUGGUGCAACGUAGCCACGCCCUGGUUUACCCCGACAUCACCAACUUCCUCUCGGUCGAGUCCAGGAGUAGAGGCGCACCCACCUCGCGAUACAGCGAGAGCAACUUAAGCACAGAGGAGCAGGACUUGUCUCGGACCGAGUUGGACUCCUGCGAUCGGUACUCGGCGGCGGCCGAGAAGGACUCGGGUCGCUCGGACGUGUCAGACGCAGGUUCCGACGAGGAGGACGACGCCAGCCCUUCGUCCCUCUCGCCGCCGUGCCACCAGGAAGCCGACCGCCGGGGCGCCCGUCUCUUCGUGCGGGCGCUGGCCGCACUGCUUCCCCAGCUGCUGGCCCUAGAUUCCGCCGCGCAAGUGGACCGGCACUUGCAGAACUUUGCACACGCCUUCUGUUCCGGAGGAAGUUCCCCGCCGGGUGCGGAGGCGGCGUCAAGUCUGAGCUGCCAUACGCUGAUGAACACCGACGGGGUCUACUUUUUGUCCUUCUCCGCACUGCUGCUCAAUCUCAAACUGCGCGACUGCGACUUCUACCAGCGGGGGGCGCUAUCUCCCUCCCUGGGCCCGAAGGAGUUUGUGCGCGGGAUCCAGACCAGCGGCUUGCUGGUGGUCCUGUCUCCGGCGUGGAUGGAGGAGGUCCACCGUCAGUUUCUGGAGCGAGACCUGCUGGCCCAGGCGGGCUACUGGGAGGCACCGGAACGCACCGCGCCGCCUCUCGUCGCCGUACUGACUGACAUGGAUGUUCCUGGCAGCGGCGGCGCCGUCGGCAGUCAGCCGACAGGGACUUUCCGCCGUUCAGGCAGUGACAACGUCGUCACGGCAGGCGCCGCCUUCUCGCGCUUCCUGCUGACGGGUGUGUGGAGCGAGCUGACGGAGGUAUUAUCGGCACCGCUCGGUGCAGCGGGCUGCCAAAGCCGGCGAGAGAGAGACGCCGUCUAUUUGAGCCUAGACGGACUCCGAAGGGCCGCCGCGCUCAGCCGCGACCUCGGCGUGGCCGCCAACUGCGCAUCGGCCUUGGCGCGAAUGGCCGCCGCCUCCUGCGCGAAGGAGGGGCCAGAUGAGAGGGAGGGGAGAGAGGCGGGGCCUGAUGCUGUCAGGCAAGUCAAGCAGCGUCCAGAGCAGACGUCGCGACCCGCAGUCGUUUGCCUGCGCGGUGCCCACGUGUUGUGCAUGGACGCCAUCUUGGAUGUGGGGUUAGAGAUGGCCGCUCACCACCACCAGUGCUGGACGCACGUCUUCAGAGUGACAGAGUACAUCAGUUCUCUGGAGCACGCUCACUUUGGCGAUGGAGAGACACGAGCCGAGGGCCGGGCCCCGGACCCUGCAUCGACCGUCCGGGACCUCGCGGGAGGAGGCGCGGAACCCAAAGGAGGGAGCCUUUUGAGCGGGGCGAGCGCCGCACGGGCAGUGUGCGUGCUGUCCACGCGGGCUGACAGGUUGUUGGAAGACGCGUCGCUCCAGCGGAACCUGCCUUCUCUGCUGGGCUUCCUGCAGCAGCUCAGGAAAGCAUCCCGGUGCCAGCUCUUCCGCUCCGUUGCCGACACGGGAGACUAUUCGCUCGCCACGCCCGGAGAAGCCAAGUUGACGUUGGGGCGUCCCAGCGCAUUGCACCUCUUCCGCUUGGGCGAGGCCACGCUGAGAAUCGUCCGCGACGGCAACAGGCCGCUCUUGCACAAGAUGCGGGCCUGGAGCGUGGUGGCGCCGCAUCUGGUUGAGGCGGCGUGUCACAAAGAGCGUCACGUAUCACGGAAGGCAGUGUCUUUGAUCCACGACGUCCUGACGGAGGUCCUGAAUGGCUGGAGCGAGCCGCCCGGAUUCCGCUUCAACGAGGCGCUCUUCCGACCUUUCGAGCACAUUAUGCAGCUGGAGCUCUGCGAUGACGACGUUCAAGACCAGGUGGUGACGUCCAUCGGGGAGCUGGUGGAGGCGUGCUCUCCUCGAAUCCUGUCGGGGUGGCGUCCGCUCUUCAGCGCCCUUGGCAACGUCCGCGGCGCCCACGCGGAGACCAAAGAAUACGGCGCCGGCGAGCGUCACGCGCCCGUCUUCGACGUCUUUGAGGCCUUCGUCGGCACGGACGACGUCCAGGUGUUCGCCAACGCCACCACAGACUACAUCGUGUGCCUCGUCAAGUUCGUCAAAGGACUGGGUGAGGCAGAUGGCAAGGAGAUGGACGACUGCGGGCUGGCGUCCGGCGGCUCCCUGGACCUGUGCCUACCGGCGCUGGACUACCUGCACCGAUGUUCGCAGCUGCUAGCAAGCAUCUACAAGAUGCCCUCAAAGCCCGUCUUCCUGGGAGCGCGGCUAGCCGGGCGGCAUCGCUCAUUGGCGGACGCCGGCGAGGAAGCCUGGGACGCCGUCGUGCGAGACUUUGACGACGGCACAGGUCUGAUCCAGGUGUGGAUCCUUCUGCUGGAGCAGCUAGCGGCCGCUGCAUCGGACUGCCCCCGCCGCCACCAGCCGCCCGCCCUGGAGACGCUUUUCCGGCUGCUGCGAGAGGCGGCAGUCGUGCCGGGUCCGGCCUUCGCCAUCUCGGCGGUGACGCGGCUACUGCUUCCCGUUAUGUCACUGUGGCUGCGUCGGGUCGGCACCCGGCCCGCCUACCGGGACGGGGCCGCCGACUUCAAGCACGCCAUCGGACUCUGCUGCGAGCUGGCGGUGGAGCAUGUCCGCAACUUCGUCAAUGCGGAUGUCGGCUGCGAGUUUUUGAUCAACGCCAUGUUGAAGGAGCUCUUCCGGCUGCUGGUGUCGUGCGUGUCGCAAGCGUCCGAGACAGUCUCCAGAGUGGGCUGCUCCUGCAUCAGGUAUGCGCUGGUGACGGCGGGUCCGGUCUUCACUGAGGAAAUGUGGAGGUUGGCAUGCUGCGCCCUGCGGGACGCCUUUUCCGUUACCUUGCAACCAGUCAAGAAGCUGCUGUGGUGUUUCCAGAGCGGUUCCGACAGUUUCUGUGGCGACGCCUGCGAAGUGAAAAUGGCCGCUCCUUCCCCGUCGGUCGAAGCCGAGGCCGAGUACCGGCGGAUCCGAGCUGUGGCGCGCCAGGUCUUUGCCUCGGACGGGCAACUUUCUCCGAAGACCCCCAACAACAAGGACGGUUUUGAGCAUGCGCAGUCGUGCGUUUUGAUCAUCGAGCCCCCUCUCGACCCGCGUGCCGACACGCCGCCUUACGAAAGUAUUCCCUUCCGCAACGUGGUGGUGAGCCUCUUGUCCCAUCAAGUUCUGUUGCAGAACCUGUCAGACAUCUUGCUGGAGGAGUUGGUGGAGGAGCCCGAUGGCCAGCGGAUGGCGACGCCCGCGACUUCCCGUCCGCCGCCGGCCGGCUUCCUGCCUUACUUGUCCGCCAGCAACCUGUCCAUUGUCCUGGACCUGCUGCUGGACUCCUACAGAACGGCACGCGACUUUGACACCCGCCCGGGUCUCAAGUACCUGCUGAUGAAGGUGUCGGGCGUCGGGGGCGUGGCCAAUCUAUACCGCCAGGCUGCCGCGAGCUUCAACCUGUACGCGCGGACGUUGCUGGGCGCCGUCGCCGCUCACGCCGACGGCCUGACGGCUCAGCAGGUCAAGAGGAUCGUCUCGGAGGACGAGGACCGGAGCUCUGACUCGUCGCGUCCCGGAUCGGCGUCGUCGGAGGACGAAGACAUUUUUGAAGAGACGGCGCAGGUGAGCCCGCCCCUCGGUCGCGAGCGACGGCAGCGCUGGCGAGCCGCCGUGUCGUCGCCGACCGCGGCCCCGGCGGGCGGCUCCGCCUCCGAGUGGGCGUGGCUGGUCAAGCGUCUCCGCGGGCUGACCGCCGACGUGUGCGGCGGCUACGUCCGGCUGCGCGGUGACUCGGAGGAUCCCGCCGCGGUGGCCCGCCCCGCCUUCCUGCCGCUCUUCCCGUCUGAGGCGUCCACGCCCACGUCGGCGGGGGGAGACACGCCCUCCGACGGAGCCGCGGCUUUCGGAAGCCCGGCCGAGCUGAGCCAAUUAAGAUGCUUGAAGUGGCGAGGCGGACGCCGGACUCCGCCCCUCCGACACUCGCGUAGCGCUGAAGUCUUCGGGUCCAGAUCGGGCUCUGCCGUCUCCUUGCACGGACGCGUCGGCGACGACGAUGCGCGGGCGCAGAUCCAGGCGUGGAGUGACAUGGCGGCCACGCUGCUGACGGAGGUCCUGCGGCUUUCGGACUCCGCCUUCACCGCCCUUCAGCCGGCGCUCUACCCCGACUUGUGCCAGCUAGCUUGCCGCGUGGCCGAACCGCGCCUACGCCGGGCCCUGUGCGAUUGGCUCGCGCGCGUGGGAACGCUCUACGACAUCGUGGCGUGACGUCCGUGAGGACGGCCCUGCCCGCGGGUGCCGGUUGGCUGCUUUCUCGCUUCUCUGUGUCAUUGGAUGUCUCGUUUGUGGAUUUGCUUUUCAUGAUUAAAUGUGAGGUGAUGAGCCAGCACAUCCUUGUGUAGCUCUUCAUUUGUUCACCUAAUAUAUUCCAUAUUUAUAUCAUUUUUCAAAGACCCAGAUAGUGUUUUUUUUUUUUUAAUGGGAUUUCUUCACCGCCCCGCACAGCCCGAACCGUUUGACCAUCGAAACAACCGGAAUUUUCACGCGACGCAGGGAAUUUUUCGAACGACCCCAAAAAUUUUUCCGUUCGUCCGUAAAUGCCGAUUUUUCGAAAAAAAAAAUUUUUUUUUUAAAUUUGACAAUUUUUGACCAAAUCACACUAUUUGGACAUCAAAUAUUCCGGGACGGUGCGGGCAUAAAAGUUGAAUACAGAAUUUGGAAAAAAUUUACGGUUCCCCGGAAAUUUGCCAAAAACUUUCCCAUUCAUUUUUAAUGGGAUGCAACGUUGAAAUUUCCCCAUUCACUUUCAAUGGAAUUUCCAAUGAAAUUUACAUUGCAUUGAUACCAUUGACGGCCAUGUAUGCCGGAUCUAUUGAUGCCAAUGUACUUGGAUUCCAUUGACACAUAUGGACGUCGAUGCCAUUAACGGCCAUGGACGUCCAAAUUUUUUUCCCAUUUAUUUUCAAUGGCAAAAAACCAAUGUCCCCAAAUCAACAGGAAAUGACCAGAUAUCAAUAGGACGUGUCCCCAAAAUGUCCCCGAUUCCAUUGAUGCUUAUGGAGGGCGCUGCCAUUGACAGCCAUGGACGUCUAAAUUUUUUCCCAUUUAUUUUCAAUGGCAAAAAACCAAUGUCCCCAGAUCAACAGGAAAUGACCAGAUAUCAAUCGGACACGUCCCCAAAGAACCUGAUAUGGCCAGGCCUCACCCCCUAAAUGACCUGUUAUGACAAGGGCACCCCCCCAAACGUUCCCAGAUCAACAGGAAGUGACCUGAUAUUGUCCCCGAAAUGUCACCGAACCAACCUGGGUGGGGCUAAGAUUGUAACUCCACAGAGCAAAGACCCAGAGUAAUUUCUCCAGAAAUUGCAGUAUCUAGUUCUAUAUAAUAUGGUUUGCUCUUUCUCUCCCAUGGGUCACUUCCUAAUUUUAGUGCAUUUUACCCCAAAAUGCCCUAUACACAACAGGAAAUGAUCCAAAAUGUACAGGAAGUGACCCGGUUCAAAGAGUUCACAGACACUGGCAACAAAUGAGCAAACAAGUAUUUAUUUUCACCGUUUGUCCAACACAACCGUCGACAUACUCGCGGCCGAUUGACUAGAAAAGAUGUGUUUCCCUCCCGCCCUCUCCCGCUACAAAAAAAAACAACAAAUCACCUCACCUGGCAAAAGACACGCACAGAAAAGUCUCUUUUUGGUAAGACUCGGACGUGAUGACGGCACAUUUACAAGCUAACGUAACUCCCAACUUAGCAGAUGAAAGAAAAUGUUAGACGAUCGGCAGAGCAACUUGCGCCCAACAAAAGGUGGAAGUUGCCGUUCCCAUUGUAAAAUCAAGGCAGAGUUAAAAAAAAAACAAAAAAAAAAAACGAGAUGAUGUCACUAAAGGUCGGCCGAUGUAUGGACUUUCUUUUUUUAAUGUCAAUGUCUUGUAUUGAUUGCUUGGGUGAUGAGCUUUGUUAAUUGAUUUUUGCACCCCCUAGCGGCCAGUCGGAGGUAGCUGCGAAAUAUGACGUUAAUUAGAAUGAGUCAAUUUUAAUCGUUUU